AUGCGAGUCCAAGAAUUUGGAUUAGUUGGUGAAAUGUUGAUAUGGCCGUAUCGGGUAUUAACCGAUUAUAAAGUGGCACAUGGGCCAACAAUAUUCACAUUAUUUAAUCCUGUUAAAAAAAAUCGAAAUAAUGAUUUAGCUUUGGUAAAACAAUUAGAAGAUAAAGAAUCGAAAAUAAAUCAACUGCCGGUUUCAAGAAAAGAAAAUGAGAAGAAAGAAUUAACUCCCAUGCAAGUAGAUAAGAAAGAAGAAAAAUUUCAUAAAAAAGGGAGAGAAGAAAAAGAAUGGAAGACUCCUUCGCCAAAUCAGCGAAGUAGUAAAGCCGCAAAGGUUAUUAAAGAAGCAAGUGAACAGGUGAAGUUGUUGCGUUACCAAGUAAGGCAGACGUUGAAGCAAGCAACAACUGUAACGCCACCAUGGGAAAGAGAAAAAAGAAAACUAAGAAACGAUACAUAUAUUGACUAG